AUGUCCUAUCGUCUGUCUGCUUUCUGGACUCUUCUGAUAGCGGCAACGGUCACGCACGGGACCUCACUGUCUAGCACAGUACAGGUCACACUCAAUGGUACAACUCUCACCGGGAAGCACUUGACAGACAGCGGCAUAGAGUUCUUCGGAGGCAUCAAGUAUGGCGAUGCAGGGCGGUUCCAGAUCGCGGAGGCGCAUGUACUCUCGAACUCAACCCGCGACAGCAUCAACGCAACGGCUUUCGGAAAAGCGUGCUUCCAACCUUUGUUCGGGGAAACCCUAUCAUAUAGUGAUCUCUCGGACGACUGCCUGAGUGUCAAUAUCUGGCGCCCGGCGGGAGCGCGGUCUCUUCCUGUACUCUUGUGGCUAUAUGGUGGCGCAUAUAUCCAGGGUGAUACAUCUAUGUACGACGGCACCGGCCUCGUUGCGCGUAGCAUCGCUCAGGACACCCCAAUUAUAUUCGCCAGCAUUAAUUACCGUCUCGGACCUUGGGGUUUCCCUCAAGGAGUCGCCGCCACACAAGCAGGCAUACUCAACCUUGGGCUGAAGGACCAGCUUCUGGCUAUGCAGUGGAUCCAAGAUAAUGUCGCGACAUUUGGCGGGGACCCUGACCGGGUUACUGUAGUGGGUCAAAGCGCCGGCGGAGGGUCGAUACAAAUACAUCACCUCAACCCGGAAGCCGACGGCUUAUUUCGCGCAUCGAUCAUGCAGUCUCCCUCGACCGUCCCUUUCUUCAACGGUACAAUUCGCGAAGCCUAUUGGGAGCAAUUGUCGCUCCUGGCAGGAUGCCCGACGUCACCAGAUCUUGACUGUCUCGAAGCCGUCGACGACGAUGUUUUGUGGAACGCAUCCCUUCCCCUCUUUGACACACUUGGCGAUGCUAUCCGCGGCGGCGACUAUCCCUUCGUCCCGAACAUUGACGGCGAAUUGAUCGUCGAUUCUCCCGCUGCUCUCGAGAGUGCAGGUUCCUUGCUGCACAAGCCGUUCAUCAUUGGCACCAACCUUGAUGAAGGUACGACUUUCGCGCCUUUCGGCCUGCAGAACGAAUCGGACUUUCUGGAGUUCCUGGCAUCGAACACAAACCCGUUGGCUGCAGCAGACGUCGCGGCAGCGGAGCCGACUGUACUUGCUCUCUUCCCAGACGAUCCAACGUCCUAUAGUCCUGCGGCUGCGAACGAAGGGUUUCCUCUGGGGGCUCAGUUCACGCGAGCAAGCGCUGUGGCUGGUGACGCUGGAUUUCUUGAACCGGCUCGGUUCUUUGCGCAAUCGGCUGUCAAUGCUUCCAAUGCCGAUGUCUACGUGUAUCGCUUCUCGGCCCAAGAGUCGGUCACUAACGCGUCACUGGGAGUAACACACGGUUCCGAGUUGCCCUUCCUCUUUGACUCUGACAAGUACGCAGACGGGAUCUCCGAGGCUCUCGCCGAUGCAUGGAUCAGCUUCGUCGCGGAUCUUCAACCUAGCGUACGCCUUGACGGCCAUGAGCAGCACUGGCCACGGUAUUCGGGUUCGACUGGACAGGUUGUAGAGUUCGUGGGCGGCAAAGAAGUAGCGCACCUCAUUCCCGACACGUUCGAGGUCAAUCGGACCGAUUUCAUCGCGGCCAACCCUGAUAUCUUCGCUCAUUGA